CUCGGAGGGGCUGAGCCGCUGCACAGCCGAGCAGAGCGCCAAGCCCAACGGAAAGGCGCUAGUGCUGCUGGGCUUUGGGGAACAGACGCCCCGCGGGCAGCAUCCCGGAUGCGGACGGCCAACUUCAAGCAACUUCAAGAUCUGUAAUUCGGCCCCGUUGACCUCGAGGUGUCUGUCCGUCUACUCCCUCCCCCAACCCUCCCCUCCCUGGCAGAUCGAAGCAGGCUGCCAGCCCGCCCGCGAGGAGGAGGAGGAGGAGGAAGAGGAGGAGGAGGAGGAAGAAGAUGCCUCGGCCAGGCCGAAACACGUACAGCGACCAGAAGCCGCCUUACUCUUAUAUCUCGCUUACUGCUAUGGCCAUCCAGAGCUCCCCAGAGAAAAUGCUGCCCCUGAGCGAAAUUUACAAGUUCAUCAUGGACCGCUUCCCCUACUACCGGGAGAACACACAGCGCUGGCAGAACAGCCUGCGCCACAACCUUUCGUUCAAUGACUGCUUCAUCAAGAUCCCUCGGCGGCCAGACCAGCCCGGCAAGGGCAGCUUUUGGGCUCUGCACCCCAGCUGCGGGGACAUGUUUGAGAACGGCAGCUUCCUGCGGCGCCGCAAACGCUUCAAGGUGCUCAAGUCCGACCACUUGGCUCCCAGUAAGCCGGCCGACGCGGCUCAGUACCUGCAGCAGCAGGCCAAGCUGCGCCUGAGCGCCCUGGCAGCCUCGGGCACCCACCUGCCCCAAAUGCCCACGGCCGCCUACAACCUGGGCGGGGUGUCACAGCCCUCGGGCUUUAAACACCCCUUCGCCAUCGAGAACAUCAUCGCUCGCGAGUACAAGAUGCCCGGGGGCUUGGCUUUCUCUGCCAUGCAGCCAGUGCCCGCCGCCUAUCCCCUCCCGAACCAGUUGACUACCAUGGGCAGCUCCUUGAGCACUGGCUGGCCCCACAUGUACGGCUCCGGCAUGAUCGACUCGGCCACCCCUAUUUCCAUGGCGAGCGGCGACUACAGCGCUUACGGGGUACCCUUGAAGCCUCUGUGCCACGGAGGGCAGACGCUGCCUGCCAUCCCGGUGCCCAUCAAGCCCACGCCAGCUGCCGUGCCCGCCCUGCCCGCCCUGCCCGCACCCAUCCCCACGCUGCUCUCGAACUCGCCUCCCUCACUCAGCCCCACUUCUUCGCAGACAGCGACCAGCCAAAGCAGCCCCGCCACUCCCAGCGAGACUCUCACCAGCCCGGCUUCCGCCUUGCACUCUGUGGCCGUGCACUGACCCGGAGCGGCUGGGCCGCACUACCCCCUCCCUGCUUCCCUUCCCUUUUCCCUAACCACACACAGCCCCCGCUUCUAAUACUCGGAGGUAUCUUCUAACCACCCACCCCACACCUGCUUCCUCAACCCCCAACCUCCCCCAGGCCACACAAGACACCAUUUCAACGGAGUGCAGGCUAGCUGCGCCCGGGUUGAAACGCUGACCAUUCUCCUUUCCCCUGGGUCCGGGCCCCGGGCUUCUAAGAACUUUGUUUUGGACGGCAAAGGAAACAACACAAAAACUUGGGAGAGUCCAAGAACUCGGCACCUCUAGGCGUGCAGGAAUUUUCACGGCCCAUCCCCCGCCGGAGGGGAAGGCUCAAGUUGGGUCACUCCCCUGUAUCUAUCCUCUCUCCACUCCCGCCCCACCUUGGGGGUAGGAGAAAAGCCCCAGUCAGGGUCUCGUCUCCCAUUCCCAGGCUUCCUGCCGAACCCUCACCCUCCCCGGCUCCUUGCAGCCCUCCUUUUGGCAGAGUCAGCAGUUCAGAAAUAACAUAAACCGCUUCUGAGCUUCUCUCUACUCUCUCUUCUACCUGCACCGACUCUAGGCUCGCCAGCACCAGACACCUUCAGCUAUGUGACGGAAGGGCAGGCCACUUGAGACCCUGAGUCUCUGUUUAAGUCUUAUUCAAGAGCUAGGGAUGGGACCACCAAGCCCAGAACUCCCAGGCAGCCCAACCCCCAGUCCGCUCCCACAGCCAUCCUCUUCUCAAUGCUUCCCGGACAGCAGCCAGCAAGUUCACCCAAGUUACUCAGCGGCUUCCUCCAGUCUCUCCGGCUUGUGGGCUCUGGGUUUUGUUUUGUUCUCAUAUUUCCAGCCAGGAGCAUAAGGCGUUGAAGUGUUGGAAGCAGAAAGGGCUAGGCACGAAAGCCAAGGGCAGGACACCUGUCCAACGUGAGUGGGGGAGGGGUGGGAGAAACAAUAAACAAACAAACAAACCCCAUAUUGUUUACAAAGCUCCAGUCAAAAUGUAAAUAGUGAACUUGAGUCUGUACCCCGAGGCUGUCUAGGCCCACUUUACAAGUACCAGUUGUCAAGCCAACAUUUAUUUACUUUCCAUUUAUGUCUAAGUGGGUUGGAAGAAAGUUGGGGGUUAGGGCAGGAGAAGCUGGGAAAGUUCAUUUAUAUGGCAACUUUUUCUGAUUCCUUAGAGAUCAUUUAAGCUAUUUAUUUUACUGCUUAAUAAAAUUAAAAUGAAAUAAAACUACAAAUAAGAAGACAGCCAAGGGCAACGCUUGAUGAGCUAGCUGCAGUAGUGAACUGGUAAGAUGAGGUGGGGGGAAUAUCACUGGAGAUUUCUCGUACAAGACUAGUCUUUCUGUUUGCUUUAUUAUUAGAAGCUUUCUGUUUUGUUAGAAACCGAAAGGGCUGCAAAGGGAUGUACAUGCUUGUGAAUAGGAAUGAUGAUAAACUGUGUAAAAUGCACUUUUCGUUCACUAUAUUCCCUUAGUUUUAGGUAGUUUGCUGGAAACCGAACUGUUCUUCUGCUGUGAACUGCUUAAGUUUAAAAAAAAAAAAGUUGUCAUCAGAGCUGUAAAGAAAUCUCCUUUUUUUCCCUUCCUGUACAGAAUAAGCAUGACAUUAAAAAUAUUGAUGUUCUUGUUCCCAGCA